GCUCAAUGUUCUGUGUGAACUCGGCACCGACUCGGCACCGUUCCAGAAAUAUAUAAGAACGACACAAUCACGUGUAUUAAUUUAUAGUCAACAACCUCCUACCAUAUUUUCUGCGGUCUACUAUUUUCAAUAAUAAUAGACGACAUGCACAUGAAAAUUUGAAUAUAGGGUGGAAACACUUCCCUUCUUUUCAACCGAAUUGGAGGGCGGUUCGGUGAUCUUCUACUUGUGCGACACUGCGUGCAGCUGUGUUACCCAUGGCCAACGAGUAGCCAGUCAGAACAUUCUGCCAAGAUCAAGGGAUGAGUUCAGAGAUCAAAAGAAUAGCUGUUUGAACUUGAUUUAAGCUGAAAAAACACGUAUUUCAGUUGAAUAUUCCAUGCAGCGCUUCUAAUUGUUACCAUUAGCCAGGCAUUUUAGAGACAUUCCUUGACUUAAUUAAGCUGUCUUGGGCAGCAAUAAUGUCGGUAAUAAGUCAGAAAAAUGAAGUUGAGAAACACGGCCUAGAAACGGGAGAAGAUCAAACGGCACGACCAGAUCAACAGGGAAAUGCCAGCCAUAUAGACGACCCAGAGGUUUCUGCCUUUUAUAGAGACUCUAUAUCAGAGGCAUAUCGAUUAAAGUCAGAAUUGGUCGCUCAGCACCUUUCCCAGAUUGGGAUGGGAAGAUUCCAAUAUAUACUCUUUAUCGUCACUGGUUUCGGCUGGAUUGUCGACAACUUCUGGUCUCAAGGGAUCACCGCCGUCCGACCACCGGUCGCGAACGAAUUCACAGACAUAUCACGACAAAGUUUCAGCUCUGUAGCGUAUUACGCUGGGCUUAUCAUUGGAGCUUCAUUCUGGGGAAUAACAGCAGAUAUUAUUGGCCGCAAACCUGCUUUCAAUGCGACUAUAUUUAUCGGAGGUAUUUUUGCUUGUGCUGUCGCUGGCACUCAAAAUUUUGUUGCUUUUUGCGCUCUCUGGGCUUGUAUUGGCACAGCAGCUGGUGGAAAUGUUCCUGUGGACAGUAUUAUAUUUCUCGAAUUCGUCCCUCAGGCUUAUCAGUGGCUUUUGGUCAGCUUGUCAGCGUGGUGGAAUUUUGGUCAAUUGAUAGUUGCCCUCCUAUCCUGGGUGUUUCUUGCAAACUAUGCGUGCUCGAGUGCUGAAGCACCUUGUGCUGCACGUGAUAAUAUGGGCUGGCGAUAUAUCAUGAUAACACUAGGCGCUCUGGCGAUUGCCUUCGGUAUAAUCCGCAUUUUUGUUUUCAGAAUCCCAGAGUCGCCUCGUUAUUUACUUUCGAGAGGUCGAGACGCCGAAGCAGUAGACGCAGUCAACUAUAUCGCGCGUUACAAUGGAAAGCCGGAGACUCUGACUCUGCCAAUGCUCGAAGAAAUCGACAACGAAUUAGCAACUCCAAACACCAUCAUCGAGAGGACUCCACAACCUACCCAAAAUAUAAUGCUGUCCAUAAAAACUCCCAGAAAUACUGACACAGGCUACACCUCCGCCACCUAUCACAAACUCUUCUCCACCCGCAAAAUGGCUCAACACACAAGCAUAACAUUCCUAAUAUGGCUCACCAUCGGCAUCGCCUACCCUCUUUACUUCGCGUUCAUCACCUCCUACCUCGAAGCCAAUUCUUCUUACUCCGCCGACUCCUCUCUGAACCACACCUACAUGGUCUAUUGCAUCGUCUCUGCCGCCGGCGUAGCCGGUCCCAUUACCGCGGGCUUCGGCGUCGAAACUCGUUUAGGACGGCGAUGGAUGAUGGGAAUAUCGGCAAUUCUAACCGGCAUCUUUCUAUUCGCGUAUACGGCGAUUAAAACCGAAGCUGGCGAUAUAGGACUCCAAUGUGCAACGGGAGUAUUAGGGAAUUUCGAAUAUGCUGUCAUGUUCGCGUUCACCCCCGAAUCCUUCCCUGGUCCUAUCCGUGGAACUGGCACGGGGAUUGCAGCUAUGCUUCAUCGGAUUGGAGGCUUAGUUGCGUCGCUGAUAUCGACGUAUAGCGGUUAUACGGCUGUGCCGAUAUAUGCUAGUGCUGCGCUGUGGGUGGUUGUUGGGCUGAUUUGUUUCGGGUUGCCGUAUGAGACGCAUGGACAUGCGUCGAUUUGAAUUGGGAAGUUACAUCAGAAAUCGAGGAAAUAUUCUAGU